AUGUCAGAAAGAAAGGCAAUCAAUAAGUGGUAUCCACCAGAUUAUGACCCUUCCAAGGCGCCUAAGAAGGCCAAGAAAUCAAAUGCCAACGAGAAGGUGCGGUUGAUGUUGCCGUUCUCCAUGAAAUGUCUCCAAUGUAACGAAUAUAUUGCCGCACGGAGAAAGUUCAAUGCUAGAAAGGAAGUGACUGCUGAUCGGUACAUGGGAAUCAAGAUAAUCAAAUUCCACAUCAAGUGCCCACGAUGCAACAACGGCAUUGUGUUCAAAACUGACCCGAAACUGGCCGGAUUCGUCCCGGUGGAAGGCGGUGUGCGCAACUACGAAUCAGCUACUGAAGUGAAGAUCAAGCCUGUUGAGACAGAGGAUGAGAUUUUUGCCCGACUUGAGAGAGAAGAUGAGGAGAACCAGAAAUUUCACGAGCAACAAGAUAAGAGAAAGCACAAUCCGUUUUGGCUGGCCCAAGACAAGGAUACCUCCAAGGACUCCAUGGCGAACCUUGAGGAUAAACUCGUGGAGCAGCAAAAAGAACAGGAGAUGCACGAUCAUUUGGCAUAUUUGCAAGCAAAAGCUCAAAAAUUACAACAAUCUGGUGGGUCUGAAAUUGUGGCGGAAACGUUGAAAGUGAAGCUAGUGGAGAAACGGAAACUCGAGUUGGAUCAUGAGAAUGAUGAAAUCGUCAAGGAGCUUUUCGCCAGAAAGAUUUCAGGACACCCACAGGUUGUGGGUGGGGUAAUUAAGGUGAAGCGAAGAAAUCUAGACAACAAGGUAAGGAAGCAAAUAGAAUCGUCUGGAGACCAUAGAAUAGAGCAAAGAGAGACAGAGUUGAAAUCAGACAAUCCACUGAAGUCAGCAUCAGCUGAGCUGCAAACUACAAAUGAGAAUAGUCAUGAGGUUAUUACUAAUUCUUCUAGCACUACCAACUCAAGCAAAUCUACCAUUUCCUGUCAACCUACAAAAAUUAAUUUCCUCCAACACGAAUCUCUAUCGUCUGUUGCAAAGUCAAAUAUUGAUGCGGAGAAGACCAGCAGUCCUGCCGCAUCGGGAUUAUCAGCUCUCGCGGGCUACUCAUCAGACGACGAUGACUAG